GUGCUCUUAAUUUUUCAGUUCCUAGUUUCCAACAGUUCCAGUUUCUUAGAUUCUCUUGUCAUGGCCGGUGUUGAGAUGGAAACAGCUUCAGCUGCUACUGUGGAAACCGAGGCUCCUGUUCCUGCCGCCGAAGAGGUGGUCGAAGCCGAGGCCCCGGCUGCAGCCGCAGAAGAACCCAAAGCAGAAGAAGAGGCAGCACCAGCCAAAGCAGAAGUGGUGGAACCUGAGAAGAAGCCAGCAGAAGAGGAGAAGGUCCAAGAAGUUGCUGCCCCAGAAGCUGUUGCCUCUGCAGUGGAGACUACAAAGGAAAUGAAACCAGUGGCAGAACCAGUAGCAGCACCAGAAGCAACUCCAGAGGAAGCCAAAGCUCCUGCAGGGGAGAGAGAAACAUAGACUAAGGCACCGGUGGCAGUUGAAGAGCCGAAGGCUUUGGAAGAAGAGGCAACUCCCGCCCCAGUAGAUGAAGCCAAGGCUGAGACGGUGACUGCUGUUGCAUCGUAAUAAGGAGUGUGUUUAAAGUUCAGUGAGCUUUUUUGGGAAGAGAGGUUCGGAUGAAGCUUAAAUAGAGGGCUAUGCAGAGAAGAGCGGUUAUAAGGAUUGAUUGAUGUUGAUGAUAAAAAGAAUAAGGUUGACAUAAAAACUACGAACAGGGCAAGGCUUCUGGUUUCUGGGUUCUGGGUGUAGUUUCGCUUGAGGAGGCUGUUUGUACUGCGAGGCUAUGGGGUGUG